AUGUCUUAUUAUAAUAUAAUCGUUUUUAAUCCCCUCUCAUCAUUUUCAUUCCUCCCUCAUCAUUUUCAUUCCCCCCUCAUCAUUUUCAUUCCUCCUCUCAUCAUUUUCAUUCCUCCCUCAACAUUUUCAUUCCUCCCUCAUCAUUUUCAUUCCUCCUCUCAUCAUUUUCAUUUCCUCCCUCAACAUUUUCAUUUCCCCCCCCUCAUCAUUUCAUUCCUCUCUCAUCAUUUUCAUUCCUCCCUCAACAUUUCAUUCCCCCCCUCAUCAUUUUCAUUCCUCCCUCAUCAUUUUCAUUCCUCCCUCAACAUUUUCAUUCCUCCUCUCAUCAUUUUCAUUCCUCCCUCAACAUUUUCAUUCCUCCCUCAACAUUUUCAUUCCUCCCUCAUCAUUUUCAUUCCUCCUCUCAUCAUUUUCAUUCCUCCCUCAUCAUUUUCAUUCCUCCAUCAACAUUUUCAUUCCUCCUCUCAUCAUUUUCAUUCCUCCCUAAACAUUUUCAUUCCUCCCUCAUCAUUUUCAUUCCUCCUCUCAUCAUUUUCAUUCCUCCCUCAACAUUUUCAUUCCCCCCCUCAUCAUUUUCAUUCCUCCCUCAUCAUUUUCAUUCCUCCCUCGUCCUUUUCAUUCCCCCCUCAUCAUUUUCAUUCCUCCCUCAUCAUAUUCAUUCCUCCUCUACUCAUUUUCAUUCCUCCUCUCGUCAUUUUCAUUCCUCCCUCAUCAUUUUCAUUCCUCCUCUCGUCAUUUUCAUUCCUCCUCUCAUCAUUUUCAUUCCUCCCUCGUCAUUUUCAUUCCUCCCUCAUCAUUUUCAUCCCUCCCUCAUCAUUUUCAUUUCCCCCUCAUCAUUUUCAUUCCUCCAUCAUCAUUUUCAUUCCUCCCUCAACAUUUUCAUUCCUCCCUCAUCAUUUCAUUCCCCCCCUCAUCAUUUUCAUUCCUCCCUCAUCAUUUUCAUUCCUCCUCUCAUCAUUUUCAUUCCUCCCAUCAUUUCAUUCCUCCCUUCCUUUUCAUUCCCCCUCAUCAUUUCAUUUCCUCCCUCAUCAUAUUCAUUCCUUCUCUCAUCAUUUUCAUUCCUCCCUCAUAAUUUUCAUUCCUCCCUCGUCAUUUUUCAUUUCCUCUCUCGUCAUUUCAUUUUCCUCCCUCGUCAUUUCCCCCCCCCCCUCAUCAUUUCAUUCCUCCCUCAUCAUUUCAUUCCUCCUCUCAUCAUUUUCAUUCCUCCCUCGUCAUUUUCAUUCCCCCUCAUCAUUUUCAUUCCUCCCUCAUCAUUUUCAUUUCCUCCUCUCAUCAUUUUCAUUCCUCCCUCGUCAUUUUCAUUUCCUCCCUCGUCCUUUUCCAUUUCCCCCCUCAUCAUUUUCAUUCCUCCCCCAUCAUAUUCAUUCCUCCUCUCAUCAUUUUCAUUUCCUCCCUCAUAAUUUUCAUUUCCUCCUCGUCAUUUUCAUUCCUCCUCUCGUCAUUUUCAUUCCUCCCUCGUCAUUUUCAUUCCCCCCCCCCUCAUAA